AUGUCUAACCCUCCCUCUGGAACGUCGACGCCGCGCGCCUUCACUGUGCAGUCCGCCACUGCGGAAGACCUGCUGAAAUCGCAAACCGUCGGCUUGGUGAACCUGGCGGACUUCCGCAAGAGGAGAGCCGAUGUCUUGGAGUUGAAGGAGAAAGAAGCAAGAGAAGGGGCAGGCUCGAGGACGAGGACGCCCGAGAGUGACGGUGCGGCGACGACACGAAAGACCGAUCGAGACGGACCUCCGAAUAAGAAGCUUAAGAAGAAAAAGGCUGCAGCAAAGGGCCUAUUAUCUUUUGGAGGCGACGAGGACGAGGAUGCAGAUGGCGGCAGCGCUGUCUCGACGCCUCCCGCGCAAAGUCUGAGAACAUCGGCCGAACCGUCGCCUGAACCAUCUGCCAUUGCCCGCAAAUUGACGCCCAACCCCAACUCGACCCUUCCUCCACCCCGAGCAAUCACAAAAGCCGCCUUAGCCGCUGAGGCUGUAGAGCGAGAAAGGCUUAGGAAGGAAUUCCUCGAGAUUCAAGAGCGUGUAAAGGAGACGGAGAUUGAGAUCCCCUUUGUGUUCUACGAGGCUGGGGCGAACGUCCCAGGCGGGAGCGUGAAAGUGAAAAAGGGCGACCAUGUAUGGCUAUUCUUGGAGAGAUGUAGAAAGGUGGGUGCUGAACUUGGUGUCUCCGGUUCUGGCUCAGGAUCUCGUGGUGGCCCGAGUGGUGCCACGCAGAAGAAGAGCAGGGAGGACUCGAGAAAACAAUGGGCACGUGUGGGCGUGGAUGACUUGAUGCUCGUGAGAGGCGAAGUCAUUAUCCCACAUCACUACGAAUUCUACUAUUUCAUUGCGAACAAGAUACCCGAUCCAAGCAGGGAAGGGAAGUUGCUGUUCGAGUACUCUGGAACAGCAGAGAUCAGGAAGACUAGCCCAAUUGGACAGGACGUCGAAACCAGUGCUCUGUUACGGGUGCCGGGAAAGAAGCAAGAGGCGUUGGAAGGGCACAACGACGACCCGGCACUGACGAAGGUGGUGGAUCGAAGGUGGUAUGAGAGGAACAAGCACAUCUAUCCGGCGAGUAUAUGGAAAGAGUUCAAAGCUGGGAAGGACUUUGAGGAGAUCACUAAGGGGGGGCGAAGGGAUGCUCAGGGCAAUGCUUUUUUCUUUGGCUGA